AUACUCGCAUCCAAGUACUAGCCAUUUAACGCCUACUUCACCAUACAUUAUCGUUAAACUUGGAAUACAAGCGACUAGUAGAUGCCGAAAUUUUAAAGAAACUUUGACUACUGCAGGGAAGAGUUGGCACACCUGACACUCUUCCACUUGUAAACAUGGCACUGUGGCGGUUCGGUGCGGCUCCCCUGGUGGCUCCCCUGAGAUACCUGUCUGGUGUGGCCGCGGUCCCUGGCGAGUGGAGCGGCGUGGCAGGGAGCAGAGCACACUCCACCACGCCCGUCAGGAGGACCAGUAACACCACACAGUACUGCCUGGACGCUGUCAGACGUUACGAUUACGAAAAUUUCCUGGCACUGUUGCUACUCCCCCAGGGUGCUCGAUCUGCAGGGACGGCAGUGCGAGCCUUCAACGUGGAGGUGGCUCAGGUUCAAGAUGUGACCUCCGAGGUAUUGAUAGCAAAAAUGAGAUUGCAGUUCUGGAGGGAAACACUUGAUGAGAUCUACAGUGACGAUGUCCCCCGGCAGCCUGUGGCCAUGGAACUCCACAGGGCCAUCAGAAGGCACCGACUCUCCAGGCGUUGGCUGCGCAGUCUGGUUGAUGCCCGGGAAGAGCAGCUCGAGAGGAGGUACUUCCCUUCCAUAACAGAAUUAGAAGCGUACAGUGAAAAGUCUAAUUCAUCACUUUAUUACCUCAUACUCCAGGCACUGGGUUCAGAAAACCUUCAUGCAGAUCAUGCUGCCAGCCACUUGGGCAAGGCUGAAGGAAUCAUCAAAGCCCUGAGAGGCAUCCCACACAACGCUUCCAAGAGAAAAGUCUUCCUCCCACAGGAUAUCAUGAUGAAGCAUGGAGUGUCACAGGAGGACGUCAUUCGUGGAAGCCGUGAGCAGAAUCUAAAAGAUGUGGUCUAUGAUGUUGCAAGUCAGGCUUAUCAGCAUGUUGAGCAUGCACGCAGCUUCAUGAAGGACGUCCCAAAGGAGGCAAGAGUCGCUCUCCUUCCUGCUGUGUCAGUCUCUUCAUUCCUCAAGACUCUCCAGAAAGCCCAUUUUGAUAUAUUUGACUCAAGCCUCCAACUCAGAAAUAAUUGGCUUCCAUGUUCAUUAUUUUGGGCUAAAGUGUCAAAAAAAUAUUGAAAAAUUGAUCAGCUUAUAUGAAUGAUUUUUUAUAUGUAAUUAUUUAUUGUGGGGUUGUGGUGUGAAACCUUAGGACUCAGCGACCAUCUUGGAAGAGUCAGUAUCUGAUUGUUUUGAUAAGAGAGCAAGUAUUUAAAGCCAGAUAGACAGUCCUGAUUUUUUUUCUCAGCUCUCUUCCUUAUACUGGUCUUUUUUUUCUCUCUCUUUUUUUGAGAAUGUAUGAAAAUGUGACUGAUUCCUACUAGUCUUGUGGUCACUCAUUGAUGCCAUAGAGGCAGCAGGUGUAUUGUACAUAACUAGGGAUAUAAUGUAUGUAAAUAUGAUGUACUAAUAAUUCUGUGCACAACUGCUGGUCAGUCACUCAGGUUAUUUAUUGUAAAUAUACUUAGCAGCUUUCAAUAUCACAACUGAGAUAUUAAGAUGUUUUUUAAUAAAUGAGAUGAAAA